UCAUCUGGCAAGACUGCGGGCAUCGGGUCGUCAAGCUCGACAGCGGGCACCGAGUCAUCUGGCAAGACUGCGGGCACCGAGUCAUCUGGCAAGACAGCGGCCACCGAGUCAUCUGGCAAGACAGCGGCCACCGAGCCAUCUGGCAAGACUGCGGGCACCGAGCCAUCUGGCAAGACUGCGGGCACCGAGCCAUCUGGCAAGACUGCGGGCAUCAGGUCGUCAGCAAAACAGCGGGCACCGAGUCAUCAGGCAUCAGGACGGCAGGCUGACCGGUUUGGAUACUGGCAGGAUGGUACU